AUGAAAUCGUUUGCCAUUCUCGUUUUGAUCGCUUGCGUCGUUGCUGCCGUCAGUAGUGCCCCUCAGUUCGGGUUUGGAAUGUCCGGUUCGGCGGCCAAUGCCGGUUCCCAGAGCUUCGGUAUGGGAGGUGGACCAUUCGGCGGUGGAAUGAGUGGAUCAGCGGCCAACGCAGGAGCCCAGAGCUUCGGUCAGGGUGGCCCAUUCGGAGGAAUGAGCGGAUCGGCAGCCAAUGCUGGUGCCCAGAGCUUCGGCCAGGGAGGUGGAUUCGGUCACUUUGGAGGAGCCGGUAUGUCUGGAUCAGCUGCCAAUGCCGGUGCACAAGGAUUUGGAUUUGGGGGAUAA